AUGCACAAGCGCAGCGCGCGAGAGAUGGCUGCCUCCUUUCUUCCUCCCUCCGUCCCUUUCCUCCUCCUCUUCUCCAUAGUUCCCUACUGGAGCCACGCUGCUUUUGGAAGACUGCGCAGCACGCGGCCUGCAGGGGGUAUCUCGCCGCUCUUUCGCUGGGCGACGCUCUAGCCAGCGCCCCCGGCUCGCUUCCAACGGCCCCCUCUCUCUGGUCGGCAUUGCAACGUCCGCCGGGGAAAAGACGCGCUGGCCGGGGCGUCUCUGUCGUUCCAGCGCGGAAGAGGUCUGCACGGGGGAGGAGAGGGGAGGGCUCUUAUCGUUUCCGGGUCAAGGCGGGGUUGAAAUCGCCCCGCUCUCCAGCUCCCCCUCCCAGACCCGCCGAGGCCGCCGCCGCAAGAGCAGCUGCCGCAGCCCCUUCCCGCUGCCCUUGCCCUCCUCCCGCCGCCGCCAUCCCGCCCGCCCGCCCCGGCUCUCUCCUCCUCCCCUCCCCCCGUCCCGCUCCCUCCGCCCGCCCCGGAGACCCGCGCACCACCCGCCCUCCCUCCUCCCGCUCCCCCCCGUCCCGUCCCCUUCCCCGCCCCAGCGAGGGAGCGAACGAACGCGUGAGCGGCCGGGCCUAGCCACCCCGCCAGGUAAGGGCUUCCCACCGCCCCAUGGAAAGUACUCGUCUUUUUCCCCCUCCUCCCCCCCUUUCCGAAUCCCCGGCCUCGAGUAGCUGCGCUCUUCCGCCAACCCUGCGCCUCGAGCCGGGCCGGGUCGCUACGCGAGCCCGAGGAUGCGCUUGCGGCCUACUGCGGCCGGGUCCCACCCGAGUGCGUGUGAAGCGCCUGGAGUCGGUGGGUGGGGGGAGGGGUGGCGCUGUUGCUGCCAUUUGCGUCUCGGGGAGGAGCGGGCCCCGCGUGGAACGCGGCUGAGGGGGGGCCGCAGUGGACUGGAUGGCUGCGUGCGUGUGUAUGUAUGUAGUUGGGGGGGCGCUCUUGCUGCGUCACAUCGAGCGGGAUGUGGGCCCAGGCCUCUUGCGCGCGAGGGAGAGUGAUGGCGGGGGGAGGAGGAGGAGGAGAGGGGCGGGGAUUUCUCUUUGAGCGGGGGGGGGGGAGGAGGAGGAGGUUGACGCUAAGGCGGCCGGCUGUGAGUAAGAGAAUGGAGGGAGGCCUGGCUCGCGGGCCCAAGCGCAAGGCCGGCGGCGGCGGCAGCAGCAGCAGCGGGCGGGCGGAUCUCAUGGCUGGAGCGGGCGGGGAGCGGGAGGGGUGGGGAAGAGAAAACAGGACAGUUGCGUCGUGUUAUUUCAAAACGCGUCCCGCCAGCUAUACAGCGCCCCCUUCUUAAUUUUUUUCUCCCUCCGAUUCUUUUUUAGGCAGCUCUUCUCCACUGGCGGAAAGUCAUUGUGAGAACUUUGUAGCGGAGCUUUAAUAAUAGAAGUAUAAAAAUUAAAAUAGAGCCCUGUUUCUAUUAAACUGCCCGGUGGAAGGAGAUUUUUUUUAAUAAAGUAGUUUUAGUAUGAGGAUGUGAGACCUGUUUAAUAUACUCGUUCCCCUCACCCUCGACCCCUCUACGAGUUUGAAAUAGGUUUGACUCCAGACUUAGGUGGUGCAAGGUGCAGAUCUGCAAGUUUAUAAUUGCUCGUUAGAGUGGGCAGCUUUAGGGUGGGAGGUGGUUUGAGACCUUGGGGAAGGUAAAAUACUGUAAAUAGGAACUUCACUGGUAACUUAAAGAAAAAUUGCAACUUUAGGCUUCCGGUGGUUGGAGGAUUGGCCUAUGUGACUUCUUUAUAAAACCAAAAUCAGUUUAGGGUUGACAACCUUCCUUUCCAUACAUUUUGACUUAAAAUCGAUGACAUGGUUCAAGGUGUUAUUGUAGGUAGUAAUCCCUGUAAAUAAAUUUCCUGAAUGUUGGAAGUUAAAUGGAUUAGUUGAGAUAAAUAAGAAUUCAGUGUUUACAUUGUUAAAAGAUAGGUACCAACUUGUGCAAUGUUGCAGAAGCAGCAAACUAGUGGUGACUUUUAAGAGUUAAGACUUUUAUUUGGAUUUUUGCUUUUUGAUCUUAGAUUAGUGUUAAAAAUUAUUUUAUUAUCUGAUUUAUAGUUCUUUUAGAAGAAAAAAGAUUUCAGCUUGGAAGUUGCUUGCUGUUAUUUUUUCUCUUCAUAUAUAUGAAAGAAUGACUUUUAUAUAUAUGACUUUCACUUGCUUUGAAAAUGACAUCAUGUUCUCUAAUGAGUCAAUUACCCCUAAGCCUACUUAAAAGGUGACUUCCUGUCACUGUUCAGUAGUAUGGAAAAAACAUUCUGCUCAUGCUUAAAAGCUGUUACUUUACAUGGUUAAAGUUAAGUUUCGUGGCAUGGGUAAUGGGGUUCUUGUUACUUAUAGUUGACAAAAAGAACCAUGAAGUUCAGCAGCAGGCAUACAUCUUGUCAAAAUAGACGGAUUUUGAAAAAAAAUAAAAAUAGUGCAGAUGAAGCUGUGAAAGUGACUGGGAAGUGCUUCUGCUGAAGCUAUUUGUAGUUUGCUGAGCAAUGGAACUGGAAACUGAAAGUGACAAUUGAUCUCUAUCUCUCCUUCUAGCAAAGGAAGGAGGAGGUCAAGUUGUUCAAGGGGAUAUGUCUAUUCUGUGCCAUGAGCGUUCAGGGGAUCGUCUUUAACCAGUAGUCUCCAAUGGGCAUUAACACAUUUGGCUACUAAGUACUACCUGACCAGUUUGUGAAUAAACACAUAGGAGGUGUAAACUUCUGCGCAUCAACUGAUUAGUGACAGUAAGCACAUGCAAAUCUGUGGCUUUGACAACUUGUCGGUGACAGUCAACUGGGCCUAUUCCUCAGAUUAAAUCUAAUGCAAGAUACAUGUAAUGCUGAGGCCUGUACAGUGUGGAAAAAAGAACAAAUACAGGACACCAAAGUGUUCAGAUAUUGCCAGAAAACAGUAUUAAUGAGUUAAUUCUUGUGUGGCGACAGUACAAGAUAAUCUUUUUAUUUUAUAGGUUGA